AUGAAGAAGAUGCGAUACUGGAGGGCGAUUACCAGAAGGAAGAGGGAGCAAAAGUCGAGAGACAGCUCCCAGCACUGCCUAAGUUAUGUGGAGCCGCCAGAAAACGCAUGGUCUGGUUCCAAAAGAGGGUAUUCCCAAGAAGAAGCCAGGGAAUUGGCCUUAAAACCAAUUCCAGAAGAAAGAAAUAAAAAAUUGAACAAACAAAAGGAGGGAAAGAAACCGAAAAGACCUCACUCUGAUGGAUCCACUCCGGAGGCCCAUCAGAGGAAGAAAACAAGGAAUGAAGGAAAUCAAGGGGAACACAAGGAGCAAUCUGGACAACCCCAGAAACCUUCCUACAAACAAGCGGUAGCUGGUAUAAGGGUAGGGGUUUUGCACUCCAACUUUCCCGAGACCCUACUCACAACCGAACAGAUGGAGAAGAUCCAGAGCUUCAUCCUGGAAGCUAUCGUGGAAGAACAGGAGGGUCCCUACUCUCCAAGAUUCUACGGUAUCAACAGGAGACAAGGGGUUCUAAUCUUCACCUGCGAAAACACUGAAACAGCAGAAUGGCUUAAAGGAAAGCAAGACUCCCUAAAGCCUUGGGAAGAGGCCAGUCUAAGGAUAGUACCAGAGGAAGAAAUCCCCCGUGCGAGAAUUGCGACUGUCUAUCUUCCUGAUAGCAUACUCGAUACAACCGAAAAGAUAACGAAGCUCUUAAAAGGACAGAACAAAGAGCUAUCUGUCGGAGAAUGGAACGUUCUGCGGAGAAGCGACGAGGGGAAAGGGGACCUUCUCUCAAAGGACCAUCCGUCUCGGCUCGAGGAAGAAAAGGGGACAAAGUCUCCAAGCAAUCCAAAAGAAGAGACGGGGAUGGACCACCUGGGGAAGGUGGGAAAAAGGCUACUGUUUGGUAAUGUUGAGGGCGGUGUUGGUGUUUCUGGUGAGUGUUUCAAGUGA